AUGGACGGUCUAGAGAAAAAUCCACAAGAGCGACGAGCCGUGAGGAUCGAACCACGAAAGAUGACACAGGCCAACACGUUCGAUGAUAGCUCUCCAUCCUCGGCACAGUCCCAAUCGUCACAAGGUCCUUCUCGACUGGACAGUGUGACGAGCCUUUCAUUCAUUCUCCACCCCACCGUUGGGAAUUGCUCGCCAGACCAGACUGAAGCCGCUCAACAUUUUGAAGACACAGAUAGUGGUUACACCGAUGCACUUAUGACGAGCUGCAAAGCCUUGGGCUUGACUCUACUACAAUUGAACACACUACUCCCACGAUACUUUGAAACAUUCACGUCCUUCCAGCUCUUUCGGUUGUCGGUACUACGAGCAAAACUGAGGCAGAUCCCCACCGCCACUCAAAGAACCGCACUUUUGGCAGCGAUGCUGGCGUUUGGGCUCAAGGGACUUGACAGAGACGAUCUGGAAAACAUCGUGCAAGAACGAAUUCUCCCAGACUCAACCGACGUUCCAAGCAUCCAUUUCCGGGCGCUGGGGAUCAAACACAUGGAACAAGCCAUCGCAGAACUCAGCGACGAACCCUUGACCCUUCCUCUCCUGCAGGCACUGAUCUUAAAUACCCACUGUCUGCUUGUUCAACAUGUGAGAGGCAAGGCGUGGAGGUACCUGGGGACUUGUAUCAGAACCGCCUAUGAACUGAAUCUUCAUCUCAUCGAUGCGGGCAAGCAAAGUCAUGAAAGUAUCGUAAAUGCAGAAAAAUGGUGCAUUGAGGAAGAAUGGCGUCGGGCCUGGUGGGCCAUCUGGGAGAUGGAUGUGUUCGCCAGUGUCAUUCGUCGAUGCCCGGCGGGGAUUGACUGGAGUCAGAACGAGACGUUUCUGCCGGCAGAAGAUGAGAGAUGGUAUCGCGGUGAACCCCAGCAGAGUUGUUUCUUGGACAUCAACGUGACUGCCCGAUGGAAAACACUGGCCGCUACUAAAAACCGAUCCCCAAUUGCAUGGUUCAUCGUCCUCAAUUCCCUCAUGAAAGACGCACAAACCAUUUCCAGUCCAAACAGCAUCGAAAGACCUCUCUCCUCAGACCCUGGGCUAUCGGAAGGAACGGCUGAGGGCGUGAUUGACGAGCACCAGCGACUGCUCCUUCAGAAGAAAACCGCGGCCACAAAGCGUCUCAGUACCAUCUCCAAUGCUCUCUACUGUGCGGUCAUGGCUCUUCCUGAAGAACUCAAGUAUCACGGUCAGCAUCUCAAUUUUGGGGGCUUGGAUCUGCAGCGGCCGGGUGCCGUUGCGCAACGUCUCGCUCACAGCUUCAUCUACAGUAUCUAUCUCAUGACUCAACUGACAAAACUCAUGAUAUUGAAGUAUCAUGUAUUCCGCUCAGGGAUGAAAUGGACUCUUCUUCGCGACUGCAAAACUUCAGGCCACCGUGCCGCUGGUCUUGACGACCCCGUGGGAUCCCCUUACCGCUCCGCAUCAGCAGAACCACAACAUCUAUUACAAUACUUCGAGGCGGCGGAUAAUGUGAUAAGCAUGAUUCGAAGCUCUGCAGAAGAUCACUACAAGCAUAUUAACCCGUUCCUCGCCAGCACGGCAUGGCUGGCGGGGGCUGUCCAGCUGCUGCGUCGGAGCCGGCUAUCAGACGACGACCCGGACCGAGAUCUAGUCACCUCGAAUUUUGAACUGGUGCGUCUGGCGUACGAGAAGAACGUGAAGUUCUGGAACGUGUCACAGGUUCCCUUGCGCAAUUGGGAGGCGCUCGAAAGCGGACUCGAGAGCAUCAAGAGCAAUCCAGGAGACGGGGACAAAUUGCACGAUGAGGCAUCGUGCGUUUUCGUUCCCGGCAACACGGGCCUGCCACGGGUGCCACAGAGACUGUUACACGCUGAAGAGAUGUCAAACACUACCGGCGACUGCGGUGGUGUCAAUGAUGUUUUGAGGUACCCUACAGGCGACGGCGGUGUCAGAGACGGCAUGACGGAAAGACCCUCUGGCAUUUACCACAACGGGGGCCUUUCCACCCUGUCGCCUCCGCAGUACCAGCACCAGCAACAUGCGCCGUUCUUGUCAAAUCCACACCCCCUGUACGGAGGAGCGCCGCCACCACCGCCGGCUCUGUUGGGACAAAACCCGCAUCAUGAGCCCCAUCUCAGCAUCGGGAUGACCUCGUUGACUACGAAUGUUGGACCGGAGGGCGUGACUUCGUUUCCGAGCACCGAUGUCCCAGUUGCUCCGUUCUCGCCGACGUGUCUAGACGCUAUGCCGUUUGCGUUGGAUCGGGACAUGAACAUGGAUUUCUCUAGUUACCUCGACGAGAUGUUCUCCGGCCCGUACUUGCCAUGA